GAUGCAGGCUUGAAGAAACAUGUUUCAUCCCUCUCCGUCGAGGGUCAAGAAAAGGUCGGUGUCGUGAGAGAGACAGACCCCUCGCUUUAGCCAUGCGUGGAAACCUAUUUCCGCCAAUCAAGCGGCGAUCUUUUUUUUUCUUUUCUUUGACCACCAUGCUGGCAUCUCGAUGCAUCGGAACCGGAUACGCUUUGGAGAAUAUGGGGUAUGUCAACGUUAUCCGUCAGGAGAGUUACAAUCACCCAGUGAGCCCGCAUCUGCUGGUACAUUUGUUGGUAUCCCACCGCCCAAUCCGCAUCGGAGGCGAAAUUUUUGGCAUCGGGGGCCAACAGCCGAAGGGGGGGCUUACUGAGAUAACGGUGCACUUCCUUCACUCGCGUUCAUUAGUCACUCAAAAAUGGAGUCAUCAGCAUCGUGAAUCUCGAGAAAACCUUUCGGCUGGCUGACUAAAACAGGUGGCCAAACGCGGCUGUGGCUGCUAACGGCAGUAACUGGUUCCGAAGCGAACGCGUUACAUUGACGACACUAGCA